AUGGCUGAAAAACUGCACGAAUAUCAAGGAAAUAUUGGAAGAUUACAUGAAUUUAGAAACGUAAUACGUGAAAAAUAUUCACAUUGGAAAGAAAAUAAACCCCAAACGAUACUCGAUUUUAUUAGAAAGCAAGUUGUUAAUGUGAAAUGUGAACAAGAUGAAAAUGAAGAUUUUUCUCAUAUAUACAGAAGAAAAACAAGAGGCGAACUCAUAAGAAUCUCUGCAGCUGUAAUGGGUAUUGAAUUUUCUUAUGCGGCUGAAACCGCUUUUGUAUCUCCCACCUUAUUGAAAAUUGGAAUUAGGCACAAACAGAUGACUCUGAUAUGGGCGCUCUCACCUCUUAUCGGAUUUUUCCUUACUCCUCUACUAGGAUCACUGAGUGAUCGUUGCCAGUUAAAAAUUGGAAGAAGACGACCAUUCAUUUGUAUAUUGUCUCUUGGAGUAUUAAUGGGUUUAAUAUUGGUUCCAAAUGGUGAAAGUUUGGGUUAUGCAUUAGGAGACAAAAAACUUUCAAAUACUUCAACGACUUCAAUGACUAGAUAUGACGCUGAACAAAUAGAAUACAAUGUCAAUCAUUAUAUUAAUAAUAAUAUUUCAAUUAAUGCAAAUGAAACAUCAUACAACUAUCAUCCGUGGGGCAUAGCUAUCACGAUAAUAGGAACAGUUCUACUCGAUUUUGAUGCUGACGCUUGCCAAAGUCCAGCAAGGGCAUAUCUUUUAGAAGUAACUGCACCAGAUGACCACGCACGUGGUUUGAGUACUUUUAGUAUAAUGGCAGGACUUGGUGGUUUUUUUGGAUAUGCUCUAGGUGGAAUAAAUUGGGAUGCCACAGUUCUAGGCAAUUUACUUGGUGGUCACGUGAGGGCCGUAUUUACUGUUAUUACAGUAUUAUUCGUCAUUUGUGUAAUAUAUACAGUAACGAGCUUUGCAGAAGUGCCAUUACUAAAGUUAAAUAGUGACACAAACUAUAACACGGAAAAUAGCACAACACACGAUCUUGAUUAUGGAACAAUUAAUAGAAAUGGGAAUGUAUUAAGUACCAAUACAAAAUAUUCAUCGUUAGAUGAAGAAACCGAGGACUUUAAUAAUAUGCCUCCUUUAGAAACAAAUACUUUGUCUGAUCUGGAUACCUCAAUGUUUUUAUAUCUAAAAAGUAUAGUCUAUAUGCCACACUCAAUAAGAAUACUGUGUAUAACAAAUUUAUUUUGUUGGAUGGCACACGUUUGCUAUUCUUUGUAUUUUACAGACUUUGUUGCAGAAGCAGUUUUCAAUGGCAGUCCAAUGGCAGCACCAGAUAGUCCUAGCAGAAAACUUUACGAAUCUGGCGUAAGGUUUGGAUGUUGGGGCAUGUCAAUGUAUUCUCUAUCAUGUGCCUGUUACUCUACGAAAAUAGAAAAAUGUAUUAAUACAUUUGGGUGCAAAAAGGUGUAUGUUGGUGGUCUUUUAACAUAUACAGUGGGAAUGUGUCUAAUGGCAAUUACGAAAAGCCAAUUUGGAGUUAUAUUUUUCAGUGGGACGGCGGGAGUUAUGUACUCAACACUAUUUACCAUGCCAUAUUUGAUUAUUGCGCAUUAUCACACAACUGGAACUUUUGAUGUUUCUAAAGAUGGAAUACCUAUAACAUCGAAUCAGAUAAGAGGUUUGGGCACAGACGUUGCGAUAAUAUCAAGUAUGGUAUUUUUGGCGCAGUUUCUUCUUUCAAUAUGCAUGGGCUCCAUUGUAAGUGCAGUGGGAACUACCACAGUAGUUGUAAGUGUCGCAAGCAUUUUAUCGUUACUGGGGGCUAUAUCUGCGUCUCAGAUAUUGUACUUAGAUCUUUAG